AUGUUCCGUCCCGCCGCUCGAGCGCUUGCCCGCGCGCCCGCUGUCGCAGCCCGUACACCAGUGAACAGACGAUUGAUAAGCACCGGUCCGACCAAGUCGAGAAGCUGGAAGAACACUGUCCUCCGGUUGGGCUUGGCUGGUGGUGCUAUCUACUACUACAACACUAGCAGUGUUUUCUCCGAGGAGCCGAAGUUCUCUGUCCUUUCUACAAUCCGGAAACAGACUGGCGACGAUGCCGAAGCCAAGACCCUCGAUUCCAUUACUCCCAAGAUUCGGGAAGAACGGGCUGCCGCACAGUCCAAGAAGAGCGAAUCCGCUGCUUUGGAAGGUGGAUUGAACCCAGGGGAGCUCCAGGAGGAGGCUAGCCAGGAGGCCGCAUUCAACCCGGAGACCGGCGAGAUUAACUGGGACUGCCCAUGCCUUGGAGGUAUGGCCCACGGACCAUGCGGAGAGGAUUUCAAGGCUGCGUUCAGCUGCUUCGUCUACUCCGAGGAAGAGCCCAAGGGAAUUGACUGCAUUGAUAAGUUCAAGAACAUGCAAGAUUGCUUCCGUCAACACCCUGAUGUCUACGGCGCCGAGCUCGAAGACGACGAUGAGCCUCAAGCCGAUGCUCCCGCCCCCUCCGAUGCUCCCGUUACCUCUGAUGCUCCCGCUCCCUCCGAUGCUCCCGCUCCCUCCGAGGCCCCUGCCUCCUCCGAAGCUCCUCCUUCUGCCGCCGAGUUGGAUGCGUCGUCAGAGCCUACCGAGAAGCAGGCCCGCGCCAAGGAUGUCAACGCCCAGGUGAAGGCUGAGGUCGCUGCUAUCGGUGAUAACGCCGAUGGCGAAUCCCUCAUCCCCAAGGCCGCACAUGACACCGAGGAGAAGAACCAGGCCACCGAGGCUCAAAAUUAA